AAGCAGCCUGUAUCUGUAAUGUCAACACAUCUGGUCUCUGAAACAGAAUGCAUGCCCACAUCGAGAGGUUUUUGCACAAGUCACCUAUGUCAACAACAACAAAUUCAUAGUAACUUAAGUACGCAUCAUUUUGCAGCUGUAGUCUACAUGAUCAUGUUGAGAAAGUGAAUAAAAGACAGACAGCCAGAUUUCACAGCUACUGUUGUUUCAUUUCCAUUAACUCAACAUUUAUUAUACUUGAAGGAUAUUAGUGGUGGGAUUACCAGACAAUAUAUUUUUUGGCAAUAUACUGGCUUCCCAUGAGAGAAAUAUACCUAACCCCAUUUUUAUUUGACAUCUUUUAAGGCAUGUCUUCUUGAACAAUUGCUGAAUGUACCUUUUUAAAAAAAACAUUUUUGUUCCCAUUAUAAUGUGAUAAGAAAAAAAAAAACAUUUUGUUUUGUGUACAUCUUGGCCCAGCUAAAGCAGAAAAGAUAGCACGUGGUAAUGAUGGCACAAAAUUCCUUUUUUUUUAAAAAAAUGCCUUGAUCUGAAUUAAUUUGAAUGAAUUGUGAAUCCAAGGAUAAGUGCUCCAUCACUCAAAGACGACAACUGAGAUUUGUUACAUUAAAGCUAUUGUUAAAAGUGUCAUAUAUCCAAGUUUGAAUUUAACUGAAUUGGUAGUAUACCGUUGCUUAAGCUCUAUGGAUAUCUCUCACUCUUAAAGGUCUGCCUACUGUGUACUGUCAGUGCCUCAGUGUUAGUAGAUGGCCUAGCGCAUGGGUUUGACGCCGUUUGGCGAAACUCGUACAACCAUAAUGAUUUAAACAUUAAAGGGAUGACUAAAUAAGUCAAGUAGGGGGUCAACGUUUUCGUCUAAGCGUCCUCUAUUUGAUGAAAGAGCUGCUAAUCACGCCGCUUGCCCUGGAAACACUUGGGAAGUAAAUUCUAGUCACCCCCACCUUCCCCCAUAGGUGAGAAUUGCUGUCACUCAAAGACAACGGCGCUGCAAUGGCCAAUAGAAAUCAAUAUAAAAUAUAAAAAGGGGGGGGGGUGUCUAACGCUCUAUUCAAGAGCACUUUUACUACAGUAACAUGCAUUUUGAGAUAACCAAAGGCUGCGUAGUUUGGGUUUUUACGCAAAACAGUUAGCACGCAAAUAAAGAACUUUACUAACACUCUAUAUACCAUUUAAACAUUUCACGCAGUUGUUUUGAUGGUAAUUGAAUUUUCUAUGACAAAAUCUGAAGUUCUCUUAUACCGGAAGAAUGUUUUAAAAUGCCACUUAAAAAGACAGGCACGCUGCUGUGGAGAUUUAUCCGAAAAACACGGUGUCUUCAGCGUGGGAUUUCUGGCGAGCGGAUGCAUGUAGACGGCUGAAAAUCGAGAGAGGAAGAUGGACAGACGUGUGAGAAGAGUGACGUAAAUAGCGUGACAAAGAAAGAAAAAGGUGGCGACAGUUCCAGAGUAGCAGUUGAAGAUGCAUUGCUUUUCGUCUGCCUCUUCUUUCCUUUUGAUAAAGCAUUAUCUGUGAGUAUAUACUCUUUAUUGGAACACAGUAAACAUUGUUUGUGCUUUAUUAUUAGUGAAUGUUGGGUUUAAGACCAUCUUGUAUUUAAGUGGCUAGUGGCUCUAUGCUUACCACAUGUGUCUAUUUAAUAGUUUGUAUAAGGGCAGUGUAACUGAAUAAAAACAUAAGAAGUUUUAACUUGUGCUAAUUUUACAAAUGUAUAUUAUUGAAUAUAUUUAAAGAAAAAAAAGUAUUGUUUGUGUCGAAGCAGUGAAAUGAGUAGUAACAGAAAAUUUGUCUAUUUCAUAUUUUUGAAGCAUGUACAAUGUAGUAACCUAUUCACAUUUGGUCUUUGUAUAUAUCUAGUUUAGGUAUUUAUUUUCUACUUUAACUAUGUUUAUACUGCUUUUCUCUUCUGAUUUUAGUUUCACAUUACUUACAGUCACAGAAUAGCAAUGUGUGGAAACACAUAUAGCUUUGGUAUGGAAAGUUAUACACCACAUUUAUUCAUAACAGAGCUUUUACAGAUGAUUUGCUUAUGGGAAAUCCCAUUGCUAUAACAUUUCUGAGCUGUCUUCCACACAAGGGUUUAGACUUCUGGUCUCAUAGCUAACUAUACUUUGUUACCAAUAAGAUAUACUAGAAGAGGUGGCAUAUAUCUUAAAGCAGUCAAUUUACUGCUUUAUUCUUUUGAGUUCACUCUUUGCAGUCGUCUCUCAUGGUUAAUAGAAUGAAACAUUCAUUUCUAAGUACUGACUUUAACUUCCUGUAGUAGCAGAGAACGUUGAUCACACCUGACAUGAUGGCAGUAGUGGUGCAGCUGAUUGUCUUUCUCUCCGUUUUGAUUUCUGUCACAGUAUCCACUGAUGUGUUUAAGGUGGUUGGAAGUUCAUUUCAACUGGAUAUGCCAAAAACUGUGCAUUUCAAAGAACUUAAAUGGAUGUUUAAUUCCAAAUUUAUGUUGAAAUGUAAUUCUGGGGAAGUGGUGCACUUUCCUGCUUAUAAUGGCAGAGUGGAGUUUAAUAAGACAACCUUCAGUCUGACACUGAAGAACUUAACUAAGAAUGAUGCUGGCACGUAUACAGUAAAAGGAGAUGAUGACGAGGGGGAAAACAUUAUUGUUGUGCACACACUCACUGUGUUGGAUUCACUGGAGGCUCCACAUCUUACUUAUAGUCUUCCUCAGCAAAGCAAUGGCACCUGUAAAGUGACCUGUAAAAGUUCUCGGGCUCUCUCGGUCUCCACUAACUGUUACAAUGAAACUUGUGAUGUGAAUAAUGUGACAUCACCAAACCUCAGCCUUUUCCUGCAUGCCAGUGGCACUACCGUCAUCUGUAACGUCAGCAACAAAGCCAUGUGGAACCAGACUACCAUGGAGAUUAAACUCUGCUUUCCUGAAGACAAUAAAAUCCAAGCAAAGCACUUUCAUUUGCCUUGGAUUGAGCUUGUCCUUGGUAGUGUGGUAGCUGCCAUCAUUGUGAUGUCUAUAAUGCUAUACAAGAAAAAUAAAACAGAUUUCCUACAGUUCCCUACCCCUGUCACUACACUUCAGAACAAAGAUGAAUCACCAAGAGCAUUCAGGAUUUUACAGAAACCAGACCCUCCUACCGUGUACAGUACUGUGCAGAAGUCAUCACGACCUCCCAGUUGUAGUGAAAACAGCCAGAACCCUCCAAAUCCUGAUCUGAUUACUGGACAGAGUCAAGUGAAUCUGGAAAGACCUGGCACACAUCCAAUAACUAUCUACAGUACUGCAGGAUGUUCCAAACCUGAGACCGUCUAUGCCACGGUGAAGAAGACCAGGAAUCCUAGUCUGGAAUGAAUGAAAAUCCUGGAAUGAAACUACUGCUCUGUCUCAUGUAGCUUGGAGAAUCCACAUAUACUGCAGCCUGCCUAUUACAGCUGACGUAAACAUGGUGUUCAACCCAUUAUGGCUUCUGUAGCUGCCCCUGUAAUUCUGCAUGACAUUUUUAGUAUGUAUUUGGAAAACAAGUACUCUUUGACUACUUGAUAUCAAGUAGUAAAUGUAGAUGCUUGAAGUGUGAGACAGGAUUAGCU